AUGACUAACCCUUGCAAAGCAUUCACCAGUGGUUCCCUCUCCUCCUGGGAGGUGUCAGGGAAGAUGAGCAGAGGAAAAGCAGCUGGCACUUCCCCGGAUCGCCAGGGCCACAGCAGUCCCACCAGGGUGGCAAGCGGCAGCUACGACUCCCUCAGCCUCCACGGAGGAGGCAGAUACCGGCGCUCUUCUUACCCCUCUGUCUCCAUCGAUGGGAGGCUCCUGGUCCCCCUGCACCUGGAUAUCGACCCUGACUUCCAAGCCAUCAGACAGCAGGAGAAGGAGGACAUCAAGCUGCUCAACAACCAGUUCGUGUCCCUGAUUGGGAAGGUCCAGUGCUUGGAGCAACAGAACAAGAUCCUGACAACGAGGUGGAACUUCCUGAAGGAUCAAGACAAUUCCCAUUCUGAGUCAGACAUCAAGGACAUCUAUGACCAGUACAUGAGUAAAAUGAAUCAAGAGAUGAAGGCCCUCAGCUACGAGCGGGAAAAUCUAGAGCUGGAGCUGACAAAGGUGCUGGAUACCAUGGAUAACUUCCGAAGCAAAUACGAGGACGAAAUUCGCCUCUGUAGUGGCAUGGAGUAUACCUUCACAGAGCUCAAAAAGGAUUUAGAUGUCAGCUCCUUGCACAGAACCGAGCUGGAGGUAAAACUGCAUGGGCUACAAGACCUGAUGGACUUGAAGAAAACCAUCUACGAGCAGGAACUUGAGGAGCUGCUGACAGAAAUUAAGGACAUUUCUGUUGUCCUGGGAAUUGACAACACAUGCAAACUUGACCUCAGCAAAAUUGUAGAAGAAGUAAGGGCCCAGUAUGAAGCCCUUGCUCUCCAGAGCUGGGAGGAGGCUGAAGCACUCACCAGGAGAAAGCUGAACGAAGGAAACACCCAGUCAGCCACCUACGGGGGUCACCUCCUUGACAGCCGACGGGAGAUUGCAGACAUGAACAUACAGAUCCAGAAGCUGAGGUCCUGCAUUGUGUCCCAAAAGAGUCAGUGCCUGUACUUGGAGGAGAACAUCAGAGAGGCAGGGGAGCAUGGCGAGACGGCCCUCAAGGAUGCCAAAGCCAAGCUGGUCAGGCUAGAAGAAGCCCUACAGAAGAGCAAGGAGAAUAUGGCUCACCUUGUAAAAGACUACCAGGAGCUGAUGAACAUCAAGCUGGCCCUGGAUGUGGAGAUCCUCACUUAUAGGAAGCUGAUGGAAGGGGAGGAGAGCAGCAUGGAGUCACCAAUACCCACCAUCAUCAGCACCAUCCACUCCAGACCAAAGCACCCCUCCUCCAGUGCCUUCAGGGAUUCCAAGGUGUUUGCGAGAGGAACAGGCAGCACCGACAGUGAGACAAACCCAAAGGGAGGCAGCGCAAAGGUGCUGCCCUCGAGAAGCCACAGCAACAGCUCAGCAACGCCUGAAGCAGAUGCCUACAUCAACGGCGCCCGGCCAAAGUGCAAUUCCCUGUCCACCAAAGAAUGCUCCUAGGAGACACAGAGCCCCACAGCAUAAACCCAAGACACGUUGGCAUCUGUAGCCAAAUGAGGCCAAAGCACUUUCUCCUGAACUCAAGCCAACAUCUGAGGGACAAAGGACCAGAAUCUCUCUCUUAAGUUUGUCUUUACAACAUCCCAGUUAACAUCUGUUACCAGUUACAAGCAGAAGCCAACCCAGGAUUUUAGAGCCUCUCCCAUUCAGUAUCUAUACUAACUCCUGCUUCUGCUCUGGGUCUGUUUCCACGGAGAAUUUGCAUUCAUAACCUUUGAGAUCUAUCUAUAGAAAACUUGGCAAGAGGGGAAAGUAUUACACAAGCUUUUAAUAUAGCAACCUGAAGCCAUCAGCCCAGACAUUUUACCAGUAUUACAAAACCUUUCUCUCUGUUCUGUCUCAAGUCUGGGGUGUCUGUGAGAGAUGUUCACUGAAGUGGCUUUCAGAGGAAGGCAGCAUCGAGCUUUCCAAACUGAGCUGAUGGAGAGACGCAGGUAAACAGCCUCAGCCAGAUGAAUUUGCAACAUCUCUAUUUGCAUGUCUGGUGACAAACACUCUGGCUGUACUGGGGAAUCCUUGGUGACUCCACAAUAUUCAAUUAAUUUUACUGCCAUUUAGGUGGUCCGUCAUUCCCUCCCAAGCCACCAAAGCUAGAAGUUGUUAAAACCUACCUUUUUAUAAACCAUAUGUCUCUAGCAGAGAACAUCUGUCUCACUUAAUGGCACACCAAACUCCGCAAACAGCGGUGCUAUGUCCUAUGGGAACUGGUAUAUUCACUGGUUCUCAUUUAACUACAAUAAGCAGGACUUGUCUUUGUAUUUAUUGCACUUACAUAGCAGCUCUUACCUUACCUGGCUAAUCCCAGCCGACGUAGAUCAGCAAUGCCGCACCAAAGGCGCUAGAGACAGCUCUGUCCACACCAGCUGCAGUUUUGGCCUCAGUAGAGGCAUUACCGUGUCCUUCUUGCACAUACUAACAUGACAGUGCGCUGCAGUAUUUCUCUUUGAGGCCAGGCUCUGACCUCAGCCACUGCCCUACAAACCCACUUGACUUCACAGCUUGGCACGUAUGAGGAGCUGUUAAGAGUCUCUUGGCGUAUUUCUGUCGAGCGCAUCACAGUAUUUCCAUGUUUCUGUAGAAUAGCCAACUACUGUAGUGUCUAUGUAACCAGUACACUAGCUCUCCAGUGUUAUGGCCGUUAUAAUAAAGUAUUGAGAUGCACAGAAA